UGAAUGUGUAAGUAGUUAGAUACUGAAGUAGACUCUUAACGACAGAUAAGUGUCUCCUGGAAUCUGUGGAUAGACAGCAGAAUAUCGAGAGGAGAGACCUGAGAGUACUUCUGGAGCUAUGUGUGUGCGUGCAUGCGUGUGCGCGCACGCAUAACAUCACUGUUCGCGCCCGGUGCAUCAGUCGCAGGUUGGAUUUAUUCGGUGCAUCGCGGAAACCGAAGUCCCCUCGUGAUGCCGCGUGUGUGGAGUGGAGAUCGGGGGGGCGCAGCCGCCGCGCAGGUACAAGCGCACCGCGAGCGCGCAAGUUUUCUCCAAACCGAGGAUGCCAAGAGAGACGGCGUUAUCUCCAGCCGCUUCCCACGCCUCGUGGUGGACACUUGAAGAAGGGUGAAGCGUGAACUUUGAAGCUAAAUCUGGGAGUAUUUGACGCUACCCACUGAACAUGACUUUCAUCUGCACUCUAGGAUUUAAAAGUUCGCAAAAAUGAAGUUCGGCAAAAGCGUCUGUAUCAUAAACGUGGGUGGCACCAAGUAUGCUUUUCCAAAGGACGUAAUCAAGGAUUUCCCUUUGAGGAGAGUGAGUCGUCUCCACAGUUGCGCCUCGGAGAGAGAAGUGCUGGAAGUGUGCGAUGAUUACGAUAGAGAGAGGAACGAGUUCUUCUUUGACAGACAUUCAGAAGCUUUCGGCUUCAUUAUGCUGUACGUGAAGUACGGCAAACUGCGCUUCGUCCCGCAUAUGUGCGAGCUGUCGUUUUACAACGAGAUGAUCUACUGGGGUUUGGAAAGCUCUCAUCUGGAGUUCUGCUGCCAGCGGAGACUCGACGAGCGCAUGUCCGACACGUACACUCACUUCACCGAGGAGCACCAGAGAACGGCCGAUGAAUUGAGGACGGAUGCAUCGUCAAACGAGAAGCGGGACUCAAAGUGGCUGGAGCGAAUGCGCAGGACUUUCGAGGAGCCCACCUCCUCCCUGGCCGCGCAAAUUUUGGCGUCCGUGUCGGUGAUUUUUGUCAUUGUGUCCAUGGUAAUACUUUGCGCGAGCACUCUUCCUGACUGGAAAACUGCCGAGAGCAACAUAGAGGAAGAGCACAGGUACACAGACUCUUUAGAGCAUCCAUCCGGGAUCAUUGAGGCGGUGUGCAUCGGAUGGUUCACGGCAGAGUGCAUCGUGCGCUUCAUUGUGUCCCGAGACAAGUGUGAGUUUGUGCGACGUCCGCUGAACAUCAUAGACCUGCUGGCCAUUACCCCCUAUUACAUCUCUGUCACCAUGACGGUUCUCACCGGAGAAAACUCUCAGCUGCAGAGGGCCGGCGUGACACUGCGCGUGCUGCGCAUGAUGCGAAUCUUCUGGGUCAUCAAGCUAGCGCGUCACUUCCUAGGGCUCCAGACUUUAGGGUUAACGUUGAAGCGCUGCUACCGUGAGAUGGUCAUGCUCCUGGUCUUCAUUUGCGUGGCCAUGGCCAUAUUCGGAGCGCUGGCGCAACUUCUAGAGCACGGCCUGGAUCUAGAGUCCGGGAACGAGGAAUACGCUAGCAUUCCUGCUGCCUGCUGGUGGGUUAUUAUCUCCAUGACCACUGUCGGCUAUGGAGACAUGUACCCCAUCACUGUGCCGGGACGUGUGCUUGGUGGCCUGUGCGUCGUGAGCGGAAUAGUGCUGCUGGCUCUUCCGAUCACCUUCAUCUACCACAGCUUUGUGCAAUGCUACCACGAACUCAAGUUCCGCUCGGCUCGCUGCACACGAAGCCUAUCCGCCGAGUUCCUCAAUUAACUCUGAGGUUUGGCUGUGGCCAAUAACGGGACCGCUUUCUGCUAGAGAAAUCAAUGGCUAUAGUGCAAAGAUCUCCCGAGGCAUUUCCAUCUGCCGUAUUCAUCUCCAGAACAGGCUCUCUCAGCGCUGUAUCUGCUACUCAAGGGGCUGGAGGAGGCUACCAUGGUGACGGUAUCACAGAGGCCAGGUGUCCUUGACAGGUACACACUGCUGGAGGGAAAAUUUCAGAGGCCUUGAAAAGACUCAACAAGCCCUCGCUCUCUCAGAGAUCUGCGCGUUACCUUAUACAUGUGGCGUUCCUCCAAAGGAUUUAGCUUUUGAAUGCCACUUAGGCAGCCCACAGUGUUGGCAAGAAGAUACGAGAUAAAUAAUUUAAUCAUCUUGUCGCCCAGGAACCUGUCUCUUUGAAGAUGCCUUCAUUUAUAAGCAAUGAAGUUUUAAAGCAGUACCACUUUUCCAGCAUUUCAAAUAUUGAGAGCCUCUCUUUUUUUACUGACAAUAGAUUACAAAAACAUGAAUUUUAAUCAAUCUGUUCCACUUUCUGAAUACUCUUUCCAGGCUAAAUUGUUGUGUAGACCUAAUUCAGUGUGACAGCAAACCUCCAGAGGUGGUGGGACAUAAUGAGCGGAAUAGACUGAGAAUUACAAGGAUAAAGUGAGAGCUGUGUGGGCAGCUAUACUGAGAGGAACAUAACGGGCCAUGGAGAGAGAGUGCUGUCAUGGAGAGUUGGGUGUUUUGGAUGACACCACGCAGAGCGUGUAGAGUUCUCCCCGAAUCCUCUACCUUUGAAUGUCCUCUACCGCCCUGCCAGUUUUCACACAGGAGUGAGAUGCCUUGAGGCUUGUGCACCCUUGGGGUUGCACAGAAAGCGAGGUUCUGGAAGGUUCUGGAGAUCUUUAUUGACACAGCUACCUCAAGGCCAUCUCCUCCCAUGGAGUCACCCAUGCCACCCACUUCUCCCCGACUCACUGCUGUCUCUAUGUUGUUGUGGCUCUUAUGUUCCUUAAUGUUCUUAGGGGAACAUUCAGCGAUUGUGCUGCUAUCUGGGUUUUUGUCUCGACACAUCAUGGAUCACAGGAGGGCUGCUGCUAAAGGAACAAAAAACAACUGUGUGUAAAAUUGUAACAAAAGAGUUAUUUGAUGUCAAAUAACAUGCAAAUAAUGUUGGCCUGUUUAAAUUGUUGAAUGGAAGUCAACAAUUAAGGAAAAGUCAUCGUGAAAAUUGACCCUGUUUAUUUUCUUGGGGCACAUUGAACUGUGCAUAUUAUUCCAGAUUAAAAAAGUCUUAAUUUAAUCAUUUGAAAUGACCUGUUUUGUUUUUAACUCCUCCCUUCCAACCACCUAGUCCAUCAUGGUACGUAAUAUACACUUUUCACCAUUCAGUCAGUUCCUAAUACCUGAUAUAACAAAGUCCUAUCCUACAUUUUUCCUCACUGAAUAUGCUGUUCUGUUACACAUGUAAAUAUUCAGAGCACAGAAGUAAAACGGAUCCAUGUUGACUUUAAAAGAAAACAUUUUAUAUUUUAGAAAUCUGCCUCAUUUUCAUACUUGGCUGCAAACUACAGAAUUUUAUCCUGUCCCAUUAGAUUUUAUUAUUAUAAUUUUUUUUUAAACGGAACAAAAAAUUGACAUAAGAUUGCCAAAAUGCCUGUUUAAAGAAGUGAGCAACAAAAUUUCACCUUUUCUAAGAAUAAUUCCUCUUGUGCAAGGUGCGGUGCCUCUCUCCUCUGUAAUUACCGCAUUCUCACUAAUCAUCGUCAUCUUUAUUCAUAUUCCUCACAGCAAUUUAUGGAUGGAAACCAGCAGUCACCGACUGCAGCACUGGCUUUUGUGAAUUAAUAAACGGAAGUUUGUGUGAUUGGAAAUAGAUGCAUUCUGGAAGAAAAAUGUGUCAGACCAAAAUGUGCUAAGAUUUCCUCAUUAAUUAAACCUCCUGAAGUGAUCAUGCUGAGGUGUUCUCUAGUGUGCCUACAGAUCACUUCAGACACAGACUCCCUUGGCUCACAUGUACACACAACAACACCCAGAAAUUAAUGUGAAAGUGAAAAUAAGCAAAAUGCCUGAAAUGAAUUGCAAGCCGCAGGUGUCAGCUGCCACUCAUUUGUUCUUAAUACACUUUCAUCCCACUGCUUAUCUCUAUUGCCUGCUUCAUUAAUCAUGGUAAACAUAAGGGAACCUGUUUACUUUACAUGCAAAUACAUCAGUGCUCUAAUGAAAAGCUCAUGACAGCUAAAAGCCAUGAACAUGUGGAUAAUAACAUCUCUUAAACCAACAGAUCUAUCAGUUUGUCUGUAGGAUGUGAUCCGUUUCACUUCAGUCCCUACUAAAAUCUCACAACAGCAACACGAGAUCUCCUGGAGGAACGUGUAACAGUUUUUAUAAUUUUCAUAUCUGACACUGUACACCAUCAUAUGACACUUGCAAAACAGUGCUGCCAAAAGUGGUCUCAAUGGACAUACAGCGGGUAAAAUAAGUACUGAACACGUCACCAUUUUUCCCAGUAAAUAUAUUUCUAAAGGUGCUGUUGACAUGGAAUUUUCACCAGAUGUCUGUAAUAACCCAAGUAAUCCAUAAAUACAAAGAAAAAAACAAAACAAAUAAGUUAUGUGAAAUAAAAUGGAAUGACACAGUAAAAUGGAAUGGGACAGAGAAAAUGUAUUAAACUACUGAAAUUUAUUGAAUACUUUGUACAAAAGCCUUUGUUGGUAAUGAUAGCUCGUCUAAGACUAGUCACGUGCAUUGCUCAGGUGUGAUUUUGACCCAUUCUUCCACAGAGUCUUCAAAUCUUGAAGGUUCUGUGGCCUCUUCUAUGAAUUCUGAUCUUUAGUUCUUAUUUUCUAUUGGAUUCAAGUCAGGUGAUUGGCUGGGCCAUUCUAGCAGCUUUAUUUUCUUUCUCUGAAACCAGUUGAGAGUUUCCUUGGCUGUGUUUGGGAUCAUUGUCUUGCUGAAAUGUCCACCCUCGUUUCAUCUUCAUCAUCCUGGUACUGGAGGUGUUGGGACUGAACCAGCUAAUACUAAUUUCCACCGACUAGGGGCAGGAUUGCUUUCUAAUUACUGUUAGAUUUCAGCUGGUGUCUUGGCUUUCCAUGCCUUUUUGCACCCCGCUUUCUUCAUGUGUUCAAUAAUUUUUCAUUGUGUCAUUCCACUUUAUUACAUAUAACUUAAUUUCUGAACUUAUUUGUUUUGAUUUCUUUAUAUGUAUGGAUUAUUUGGGUUGUUACC